AUUUUUAGGUGACUGUGUCAAAUGUCAAGGUCACAGGGAUUUUUACUAUAAUAAGCUUGUCUGCUCAAAUGCUUUAGAAUGCCUGUCCGCCGUGAAUUGAUUUUGACAUUUUCACAUUUGAAGCAUGUAGAAUACAUAAAUUAGCAAUGCACUGGCUUAGUUACCUCAAAUUUGGAAGGGAGGUUAUCCUUGAGCUCUAAAUGGCCACUGUUGAUUCUGACAAAGUGGUAGGCGGGGUAUUCUAUUCACGCCAUGACAGUGGCAGUUCUAGUUUUAAAUUGACCGCUACACCAGAAAAGUAGCAUGUUGCUUUUACAUAUUAAAGUUGAAUCAUUUUAUUCAUAGGGGACGAUGCUCUUAGUCUGUUUUUGUUGUUCUAUUUUGUUUUGAAAAAAAAAAAUAUUUUGAAAAUUGAGAGAAAUGAAAUAUCAAGUAAAGGUAUGUCCCCAUGUCGUUUUCUUUGCGUGUCUGAAUUAAAUGUGAACGUUAAAAUGCUUGUAAUGUAACGAAGAUAACUUAAUCUGUUGAUAUUGAUUAAGAUAAGAGGAAAUUGAUAAGUGUUUUUAUUAGAUUUGUGUAAGCACAAAAGAAACAAGUGAAAAUGAGAAUCGAGAUUUUAAUUUUGAUCAUUUGCGGAUAUUUUGUCUGUAUGAUAUCCGCUGAAAAUAAUACGCCUCAAAUAGGCCAACCAAAUGGUACAACGGUACACAAUGGUACGAAUAUGACACCAAAACCAAAUGGUACAACGGUACACAAUGGUAUGAAUAUGACACCAAAACAAAACGGUACAACGGUACACAAUGGUACGAAUAUGACACCAAAACAAAAUGGUACAACGGUACACAAUGGUACGAAUAUGACACCAAAACAAAAUGGUACAACGGUACACAAUGGUACGAAUAAGACACACAAACAUCAUAGUAAAAAUAAGACCGGACUCCGGUGUUACGCAUGCGCAUCAACAGGCGGAAACAACGAAUGUGAAGAUUACAACACAUACAAAAAAGCGAUGGAAGGCAAAGGCAACGAAAGAAUAAAGAAAAAUUGUAGCGAAAAAUACAGCGUUGCAUGUUUUAUAGAAACAUACGAGAUUCAUGGGGCCACCGUUUCCCACAUAAGAGGCUGCAGUGACGAUAUACACUACUCCUUCUUCGCAAAUCUUCAUCAAAACAAAACCAGCCCAUAUGAGCGUUUUAAUGAUCUUAAGCCAGACAACGAGACCGCGUGCGUCUGGGAUAACCUGCAUCUCGUCUGCUUAACCAAAUGUAAUAACAACUUCUGUAAUGGCCCUAUUCUUGAGGAAGUAAAUGCAUCCACGGUGAUCAAACUAUCUUCAAUUUUAAUGUUUGCGGCAGUCCUUUUAUACAAAAUAUUCUAGAAGAAGGAGCUACAA